CGAUUUUAACGGUUACAUGUGUAAAUGUAUUAAGUCUUCCCAGAUUCCGUGUAAGCUUCCCGACCGGACUUUGAACCUUCCACCAUCGGUUCCUCUGCCUCUCUAAUCUAUAUUCCUUUCUUCCUCUCUUCGUUGCCUUUAGAUCUCUUCUUCCCACGAAGCUAUCUUCUCGGGUAGGUUUUUUUCCCGAUCUGGGUCGGAUCUGAUUCCUCGGAAGCAACGAAUCUCCAAAGCUCCUGCCUUUCAGGGAAAGCCGAGAAUCAUUUCCCCUCUUCUACUUAAAAUCUCAAACCUGACUAAGCUCCAAUUCGUCUCUGAUCUGUGUGCUGACUGCUGAGUGAUUCAAUUCAAUUCAAUUCGAUUGAAAGUUGUCAACUUUAAACGAUGUCGGGUUAAAAAGAUCGAGUCUUUUUCAAAGCUAUGGCAAGCGUCAUCGAUGUUACCAACUACGGUCACAGCCCCGUUCACCGCGCCGUCGUCACUCGUGACUACGCCGCUCUCAAGAAGCUGCUCUCCUCUCUCCCCAAGAUGCGCGACCCUUCCGAGGUCAAAACCGAAGCAGCUUCCGUAGCCGAGGAGACCAAAGCCGACUCCAUCGCCUCCGUUAUAGACCGCCGCGAUGUAAUCAACCGAGACACUGCUCUUCACUUAGCGGUAAAGCUCGGCGACGAGACCUCCGCGGAGAUGCUAAUGGCUUCCGGAGCUGACUGGAGUCUCCAGAACGAGCAAGGGUGGAGCGCGUUGCAAGAAGCUAUCUGCGGGAGAGAGGAGAGGAUCGCUAUGAUUAUAGUGAGGCAUUAUCAGCCUCUUGCGUGGGCCAAAUGGUGCAGGAGGCUGCCGAGGCUUGUGGCUACAAUGCAUAGGAUGAGAGACUUCUACAUGGAGAUCACUUUCCAUUUCGAGAGCUCGGUGAUACCUUUUAUAUCAAGAGUGGCGCCUUCUGAUACUUACAAGAUAUGGAAGAGAGGUGCAAACUUAAGAGCUGAUAUGACGUUAGCUGGAUUUGAUGGUUUCAGGAUUCAGAGAUCGGACCAGACUAUACUUUUCCUUGGGGAUGGGUCUGAAGAUGGGAAAGUUCCUUCUGGUUCUCUGCUUAUGAUAUCGCAUAAAGAUAAGGAGAUUAUGAAUGCCUUGGACGGUGCUGGUGCUGGUGCUCCUGCUUCUGAAGAUGAGGUUCGUGGAGAAGUGGCUGCGAUGUCGAAAACUAGCAUAUUCAGACCAGGGAUCGAUGUGACUCAAGCGGUUCUGUUCCCGCAGCUGACGUGGAGGCGUCAGGAGAAGAGUGAGAUGGUUGGGGAGUGGAAAGCUAAAGUGUACGAUAUGCACAAUGUGGUUGUUAGUAUAAAGUCUAGGAGAGUCCCCGGGGCAAUGAGCGACGAGGAGCUUUUCUCUAACAACAAUAAUCAAGAGAACGAAACUGAGAGUGAGGAUCUUGGAGAUGUGUUGACUGAAGAUGAGAGGAGGCAGCUGGAGUUAGCUCUCAAGGUGGAUUCACCAGAAGGAGGGUCUUGUAACACUCCUCAGCCGCUGCAUGUGGACCGGGACAUUCCUAUAAUGGAUGGGAAUGGGUAUUGCAACAAACAGGAGAAGAAAGGAUGGUUUGGUGGGUGGAGGAAACGAGAUGAAGGUCACAGCAAACGAAGUAGCGUUCCUCCGAGAAGUUCGCUUUGUGUUGGUGAGAAAGUAAGUGAUCUUCUUGAGGACGAUGGGAGACAGGCAAAACCUGGAAGACACUCAACUGCUGAUACCCUUACAAGAGAUUCUUCGUCUAAAGCUUCAACAUCAGAAGGAAGUGGGAGUAGUACUAGUAAGAGAAAGGAAGGUGGUAGUAGCAGAGAGAACGAGUACAAGAAAGGACUUAGACCAGUCCUUUGGCUUUCUGAGAGAUUCCCAUUACAGACAAAGGAGCUUCUUCCACUGCUUGAUAUACUUGCGAACAAAGUCAAAGCUAUACGGCGUUUAAGGGAGCUUAUGACCACUAAACUACCAUCCGGAACAUUCCCUGUCAAGGUGGCUAUUCCGGUGAUCCCUACGAUCAGAGUACUCGUUACAUUCACAAAGUUUGAAGAGCUAGAAGCUAUUGAAGAUGAGUUUGUAACCCCACCAUCAAGCCCUACUACUUCUAACGUCAGGAACAGUCCUAGAGAGGAAACACAGUUCUCAUCAAGCUCAUCCUCCUCAUGGUUUCAAUGGAUCAAAACACCUAGCCAACGUCCAUCAGCAAGCUUUAGUUCUGGAGGGGUUAGUAUUGGUAAAGCUGAGAACGAUCAAGACCCAUUUGCAAUUCCAAGGGGAUACAACUGGAUCACAUCUGAAGAGAAGAAAAAGAAGAUUCAAGAGAAGAAUAAAGCCAAGAAGAGCAAGUCAGCUCAGAACAGCUGAAGAAACCACAAGUAAGAAAGGAUCUUCCUUGUCUCUCUCUCUCUGGAAACAUUAAAGGAAAAAAAAUACUGGAAUAGGAUCUAGCAGAUUAUUAUUAUUAUUACUGGUAAUACCAAAAACCAGGAAAAAAAUAACAAAUUUAAUUAAAUAUAUAGUGGGGAGGAAUGAUGUUGUUGUGACUUAAUGUAUGCUUAUGAUUCUUUCUUUUGUCUUUUGGUGUUAAUCGUUGGAGAUGAUUAUUAUCAUCUUCCUGAAAUAAUCUGAAUGAGAUCAAGUUGAUGGGAGAUUCAACA